UUUCAUUCCCAUGAAGAACAGCGGCGGAUUGAUUUGGCGCCAAGUCGACAAGUCCGUCAAGUGAAGGAUCCUGUAUUCAUCCUGUAUUCUCAGCGUUGUAAUCUCAAGAACGCUGGUGGAGAAGGAGUUUUUUGGAAUGGAUUUCACCUGUGUUUUCGGAGCUCUAAACCACGGCAAGUUCCCGGAGAAAGAUUGCCUGCUACCCCUCAUCUCUAAGCUUCUCGGCUAUUGCAUUGUCGCCGCUUCAACCACCGUCAAACUUCCUCAGAUUAUGAAGAUCUUGAAACAUCAGAGUAUCAGAGGACUUGGUGUUAUAUCCUUUGAGCUAGAAGUCGUAGGUUACACUAUUGCUCUGGCUUAUUGUGUCCACAAAAGACUUCCAUUUUCAGCUUAUGGGGAAUUGGUUUUUCUCUUGGUUCAAGCUAUAAUUUUGGUUGCCGUUAUCUACUAUUAUUCUCAGCUUAUUGGUAUGAAAACGUGGAUCAGAGCGUUACUAUAUUGUGCUCUAGCACCAACAGUUCUAGCCGGUCAGAUUAAUCCUGCUCUCUUUGAAGCUCUUUACGCAUCUCAACAUGCAGUUUUUCUCUUCUCGAGGAUCCCACAAAUAUGGAAGAACUUUUCUAACAAAAGUACUGAGGAGCUUAGCCUUUUAACAUCCAUGAUGAACUUUGGAGGUUCUAUGGUGAGGGUUUUCACCAGCAUCCAAGAAAACGCACCAAGCAGUGUUCUCUUGGGAUCCACACGUUCUAUUGUGACACACAGUACCAUUUUGAGUCAGAUAAUUGUAUACCAGAAGAGGGAUGUAGAAAGAGAAGAAAACAGAGUAGAGAAUGACGACUUGCAGUCGUGACUUUGGCAUACUGAAGAUUAAAUAUUGUAUGUAGUGAGUAUAGGUGAACCAAUGUCAAACCCUUUUCGAGAUUAUCAUUUUACUACUAGAAACCCAUAGUUUUCCUUUCUUUUCUUUUGGAAUAUGACUUAUGAGGGCACAUUGAUAGCUGGAAUUAUUGUAGGUUUGGACUGUGAUCUCCACCGGACUGCAGUCCCGCAUAACUUUAUAUAUGUGAUGUUUUUGUUGUACUGGUUCUGGAUUGUCAUGAUAAUUCAGAAGGGAAAGGAAUGUGUUGUCAACUCAUUUCU